GAGAUAAACGCAACUUUUGUGAGUUUUUGAGGCUAGUGGAAACAUUGGAAGCAUCGAAUCUACACACACUUCAAAAAGAAAAAGAAAAAGGAGAGAAAUCUAAACUCUGCAACACACCUCAAGACGACGAACAUGGCGAAAAGUAGUACAGCUUCUGUGGAUAUGGAAGACAUUCAGACCGUCGAUCUCAUGUCCGAGCUUCUUCGCCGCAUGAAAUGUGCCUCUAAACCUGACAAACGUCUCGUUUUCAUCGGUCCACCUGGUUCAGGCAAAGGUACGCAAUCUCCGGUCAUAAAGGAUGAGUUUUGCUUGUGCCAUUUGUCUACCGGAGACAUGCUUAGAGCAGCUGUUGCUGCUAAGUCUCCUCUUGGUGUUAAGGCAAAGGAAGCAAUGGACAAGGGAGAGCUUGUUUCUGAUGACUUGGUUGUUGGUAUCAUGGAUGAAGCAAUGAACAGACCAAAAUGUCAGAAAGGUUUCAUUCUUGAUGGGUUCCCUAGGACUGUGACUCAAGCAGAGAAGCUUGAUGAGAUGCUUAAUAGAAGGGGAGCUCAGAUAGACAAAGUGCUUAACUUUGCGAUCGAUGAUUCUGUUCUUGAAGAGAGAAUUACUGGAAGGUGGAUCCACCCUUCAAGUGGAAGGAGCUAUCAUACUAAAUUCGCACCUCCUAAAGUUCCUGGAGUCGAUGAUGUCACUGGAGAGCCAUUGAUUCAACGUAAAGAUGACAACGCGGAUGUUCUUAGGUCAAGGCUGGAUGCUUUCCACAAGCAAACACAACCGGUAAUUGACUACUACGCCAAGAAGGGAAGUUUGGUGAACAUUCCAGCAGAGAAAGCUCCAGAAGAGGUUACGAAAGAGGUGAAGAAGGUUGUGUCUACAUGAAACUGAAAUGAAAUUGGCUUUGAGAAUUGAGAUGUCUCUUUCUGUCUUUUUUAUCUUAAAAAAAAAUAACCCUGAGGUUUUUGUCUCCCGGAAUGUCUUUUGUCUUGAGAGUAACAUUUUGCUGUGCAGUUUUGUGCAGUGUUUCACUUAGGUUGUUGUUUGUGACUAUGUCAUAUGAACAACAGAAAAAACAAAGAGAAAUUCCAUAAAAUACUACUAAAAUGAGUUUUUGUUACAAA